AUGGAAUCCCUUGUGUAUGAGAACUCGCCUUUGGCAGAAUACCUCCAAGGAGAGGGUGAAAGCGACAAUAACUGGCCGGUUGACUUCACAGAGAAUGAGGAUAGUGAUAUCGCAGAUGCGACAAUGGAUUUUGCCCCUCGAGGGGCUUCGAAAUUUCCACAGAGAAUUCGCGAUAAACUCCCAAAUCCGCUAGAUUCCAAAGUCGCGCACCGAAGUGAAGCAUUGGGGAGAUUCUAUGACGCCUGCGCGUCCGCUUUAAAUGCUCGCAUCGGACAAAGCGACAACGCAAGGUUCCUCGAACAGUUCGGUUAUGUGAUCGUCGCGUCGCAGUUGUUGAACGAACAUAGCGCCCCGUCAUACACCUCCGCCGCAGAUGUGCUGUCACAUGCGCAACCCGCAGAACUCCCAUCGCUUUCCACAACAUUCGGUCUACAAGGUGCCAUUGUCACAGGGGCGACUUCCUUUUCGAUUGCAUGGUUAUUACACUGGAGCCGGCCUCGGUCGGGUACUGGCAUAAACCCCCGGAAAGUGGGUAUUCUUAUGAUCUUGGUGCCGGUUCUUGGAGUCUUGUUCUACGCUUUCGCGAAACGGCAGUGGCUCAAGUACCUGCGUCACCAAGCGGUUGAUGCGGCUGCGAACUUCAUCAGCAAUGCGCAGGGCUUCGAUUCGGCUGCCUCAGCAUCAGUUGUUUUCAUCCAAGAGGUUGAACUUGUCUCUAGGGGUUAUCGCAUAAGUACACCGAUGCCCCCAAUCAGCAGACUGGAGGAUCAGGCUCAAAUCCGACGAUGCCUUCGACUCCGCCGGACGGUCUCUGAGUGUCUGUACUCAAUGUUGGAACGAUAUAUCCAGUCGCUACAUAUUUUACAACCGCUCACGGACGAUGUAAAUCUUGCUAGAUACUACGACAUCUACGAUAUCUCGCUGGAAGAACUUGCUGAAGCCGAGUCCAGCCUGGCUGAACGCUCGACGGAUGAUCAAUACUCGUUGCGCGCCCUUCGAACUCUCUUCGGAAGACUGUAUGGUAUUAGGAAGAGUAUCUUGUGCUGUCUGCUGGCUCUCAGUGCCGAUGGUGGAGGUUCGGACAUUGAGAGAUGGAGCACAGCUGUGGAGCAGAUGCGGAGUCUGGCUGAUGUGACAUCAAAAAACAUCCGCAGGAUGACCAAUAUCCUCAGUGAGGAAGACCGUGAGGUUAUCCCUCCUUCGCCUCUACCCACAGCCUCCCCCAAUAGGGACGCGCUUAAGGCGCAAUAUCGAAGACUCAAUACUCUUUCACAAGGAAUCCGGGCUUUGCAUGCAAAAAUGCACGUCAUCCGUGAAGAGCCAACUUCCAAUCUUGAUGAAGCAGAUACCAGCGAAUUGGAGGCUACGCUUGUCGCGCAGUACGACUCAAUCGGGACAGACAUACGGGGUCUCCUCCAAGAAUGGGAAGCCGGGAAGUCUGCCCUCGUCAACAGCUUCGAUAGACAAUCAGUCCUAGACCGCUACUCACGGCCAUCGAGCACGUUGACGCCGUUGUCGCCAACCCCUAGUCUUAGCGGCGUAACAGCAGUCGAAGGAAGUCCGUCGGACGCGCUCAAGGCAUUGACCGGCGAAUCCCGCCCGGAUAUAAGCGUCACAGAUGCUCCUGAGGAAGAGGAAAUCUUUGAAGCCGUUGCACUUCCAUCCCGCAGCAAUAAACGGUCCUCUCUCAGCAGGGAAGAACGUAUUGCACGUGUCAAGGAAGAUCGAGCAAGACAAGCAGCCGCACAAGACCGGUCCACUGCCAACACUAGUAUGCUGAGGGAGCUUGAAAUGGUCAUCAAGCAGAGACCUCAUACGGCAGCCUCGAAGCGGGUCACGAGUAUCUGA